CAAACGACCCCCCUCAACAAAAUCUUAUGCUGCCUUCUUCUCGAGUACGCCUCCCCCCCCCUUUCCACACUAUUUAUCCGCCACUUUCUUGGCCUCCUCCUUCAUCCACACACCAUGUCGGCAUCCCCGGAUUUCUCCGCAGUCCCAUCGGAGUCCGUUCUGCGGCCGAUCGUGACGGUGUUUCCGAUAGAAGAUCGUGAUAAGCUGUCAUCGUUUGUUAAUGGUGAGGAUGGGGUGAAUGAGUGCCGGACGCCGACCUCCGAAGAGAGCAGGAUUCCGCCGGUCCCCUCCAGCUGCCCGCCGGCGCCGAAGAAGCCCCGACAAGUGCUUUUGUGCAAGAGGAGACUGUCGGAGCUGGAGUUGUUCAGCGCUCGGCUUGAGGAGAUCGAGGUUUGGUUUCGACAAAGAGACCGGCCGAUGACGACGGUGCCUUCGUUGCCAUGCCGGUCAAAGAAGAGGAAGCGCCGGUGUCUCGGAAAGAAAUGAGACGAAAGAACUGUGCCUUUUUCAGUUAUUCAAUUGUUUUUAUCCGCUUUUUUUCUAGGAUAUGGAUAUAUGUUGUUAGAUAUCAUGAGUUUGUUC